AUGGUCAAAAUCAAGGCGCUCCCGGUUGCUGGCCUGGGAAGCGUCGCCGGGGACGUCGCGGAGCUGGUCGCCAAGCACAUUGGCGAAGACGACCGCUUCGCCGCCGCGCUCAGCUGCCGUGCACUCCGGGACGCGCUGCGCCGAGGCGCGCCGCGGCUGCACCUCAAGACGCACGUGGCAUCGGCCGUUGGCUCGUUCCCGCGGUUGAAGUGGUCGCUAGCAGUGGGCUGCCCGCGCGAGCGGCUGUGCGAGCUCGCCGCAGCGCAGCCUGGAGGGCGCGAGCUCAUCGAGUACCUGCAGUUCGUCGACGGGACUUGCCCCUGGGGGAAGACGUGCGACGUGGCGGCGUCGCGCGGAGACGUGCCGCUGCUCGAGUGGGCGCGCGAGGGCGGCGCGCCAUGGGGUGUCUCGACCGCCGCGGCGCUCGCUGGCCAUUGGAGCGCCUUCAAACCGGCGCUCGAGGUGUCCGUGGGCGGCGUCCGCUUUGGAUCCCGCAAUGCGGUGCAGCCAAUCGCGCGGCUUCUCACUCUCGGCUGCCCCGCCGACGAGACGUGCUGCGCGGCGGCAGCGACGCUGCACGGAGUGGCGGAGCUAUCGUUUCUGCGCUCUUUCGACUUGCCUUGGGACGAGCGCACUUGCAGCGCGCUCGCAGCAGCGGGCAACACCGAGGCGCUCAAGUGGGCGCAAGAGCAGGACUGCCCGUGCGACGCGGCGCUGGUGAGCGCGGCCCUUGCGAGCGCGGCGGCCGCCGGCAAGCUCGACGUGGGGCGGCUGCUCUCCUCCCUGGAUGAGCAAAAGGCGGAGGUGGCGCGGCUGCAGCCGUACGAGGCGGCGCAUGCGGCGGCGGAGGCGAAGUGCGAGUCCGCGGUGCUGGCCAACCUCGCGAAGCUGCCCCUCUACUCGCGCUACCAGACGGCGCGCGCUGUCCAGCUUGGCGACGGCGACCCAACGCGCGCGCUCCUCGUCAGGGAGUUCCUCAAGUCGCGCACGCGCCACCGCGGCCCGCGGCAGGGCGACCCGCAUCGCAGCGUGCCGCUCUUCGAGGUGCAGCGGGUCGAGCAGCUCUUCAACCCGCGGCUGCAGGAGAAGUACCUCGCUGAGCUGCAGGACAUCGCCGGGCUGUGCGAGCGGCGCGUGGGGCCGCUCCCUGACAUCGACGCCCGCUGCACCCGCAUCGACGUCGAAGCCUUCCCGGGCCUCAAGCUGAACGAGCGCUUGUUGUACCAUGGCGCGCCGUCGGAGCUGAUCGAGCGCCUCACCCGCCAAGGCCUCGACCCGCGCUACGCGGGGGGGCACUUUGGCAAGCUAUUCGGCGCCGCUGUCUACCUCGCGGCAAACUCGUCCAAGUCCGACAUCUACACCGAGCCAAACGCGGCGGGAGAGCGCUGCGUCCUCGUCGCACGAGCGUGCCUCGGAGAGGCGCACCGCGCGCAAGAGCCGAUGCGGGACGCCCUGAAGCCUCCAGAGCGGCCGGACGGCCGCGGCCCGCUCAGCUCGGUCGCAGCACUCACCCUUCAGCAGGGCGGCGUCGUCGAGCACCCGGAGUUUAUGGUGUACCAGUCCUCGCAGUGCCUGCCCGUCUUUGCGAUCUGGUACAAGCACGGCGCGGGGUGCGGCUGCACGCACUGCUGGCGACCGUAA